AUGGUCGUGUCUUCUCGCGCCAAGGGUGCUAGACAGGUCGUGUCUUCUGGCGCCGAGGGUUCUAGACAGGAACGAGCGCCACGCCCACGGGCGCUGGUCCCGUCCAUGCCCGUAUCGAUACCAGUCUCGAAGCGCCGCACGUGGAAGCUGUCAGUGGCCAUCGACGACACUGAGGACAACCCCCCGGAGAAACCUGUCUCAGCUGCACGGUAG